UUUUAAUGGAAGGCCCUAUAGCAAAAGUCCCAAGAUAGAAGAAUUUUUUCUGUGGAAACCUUGAGAGGAGGGAUGCGAGACUAGCGGCCUCGCUUCCCCAUGCUACAAAAAAAAACCGAAGACAAGAUUGACAUUAUAUGAGCCGUUUGUGCCACAUAGAAAGCCAUUCCUGAGGGCAAAGGCGAAAUCCUCGUAAUCAUUUGAUUUUGAGUUUGUUUGGAUUUUUUUGUGGAAUUUAGAGGGAGAUAUGCAGGUUCCCAGAUGGAGAUAUGUGUUCAUUUCAAAGAAUUCGUUGACCCCAUUCUCAAUAAGGGCAGCAAUAUCUUCUUCUUCCCACUUUGCUUCUUUUCAUUCUACACCCGUUGCCUCUGAGAAGUGGAAGAACAAAUGGAACCAUGAUUUUACAAGUCAUCAGCCAUCUAAGAAUUAUAUCAGGUAUGCAUCACGUCAAAAGCGUACUGAUGCAAGGAGAGCUUUGAAAGACCUCCUCUUCAAUAAUGGGUCUCCCAAAUUUUCAUUCCAGGAUGAAGACUCAACUUGGAAAAUAGAUGGAGCAAGCAGCUGGGAUGAAGAGGCUGAACAUUCAGAUAGCUCUAAUAAGAAAGGUCGACCAAAGUCUUCUAAUCGACGUGGUAGAAAAGCCCAGCACAACAGAUUUAGACGUAAGUUUAGAAAAGAUUAUUUCUCUGAAGAUGACUAUUCUCCCGAGACAAUCUUUCACGCAACGUUUGGGAAUAGGAACAAAUGGUGUACUUGGUCUUUCAACUCAGCGGGGUCAUCUUCUUUCCAAAGUUCAACAAGCGCAUUCGAGUGGAGGGGGCAGUCAAACCGGACCAACAAUAGAAAUAAAGAAUGGGAUACUGGCAGUGAAACUGAGUCUGAUGGUGAGUCAUGUGUUGUUGGCUCAUAUUCUGAUAGAAGAAUGCUGGGUCUGCCUCCAACAGGUCCUCUAAAGAUCGAAGACGUCAAAAAUGCUUUCCGUUUAUCUGCUCUAAAAUGGCAUCCUGAUAAACAUCAAGGCCCUUCACAGGCAACAGCAGAAGAGAAAUUCAAACUGUGUGUCAAUGCAUACAAAUCAUUGUGCAAUGCUCUCUCCACAGUUUAAUCCUUUAGGUUUUCAUUCAAAUUCAUACAGCUCACGCCUCACACCUCACAAGUAGGUUUUCCUCCAAAUGGAACUUCAAUAAUGGAGAAGAGUUGUAAAAUUAUAUCAUUUUCUGUUUUUUGAAUAGGAAGAUGGAAGCUCAAAUUGUCAGAAGUUGUAUUGAUUAGAGUCUGAUGUAUGGAAUUAUUCAUUUGUAACCAACAGUGGAGGUCAAGCCCAAGUUGUGCUGCCAUCAUCAUGAUCAAUAACAAAAGAUGUGGGUGGGCCUGGUGGUGGUCCACUUCAAUAACC